AUGCUGUCCACAUCCCAGCAAUCCAAGCACAAGUCUGCAUUCUCGUCCAAACCCAAGCCGAAAACCAUCCACGAAACAGCCACCUACCCCCGCAUCACCGUGGAUCGGGACAGCGACUCAUGUUUCAACGACUCCAUGUCCUACGAGCACGUCCUAGCCUGCGGACAUAUUAUCCUGACCGCCACCGCUAACGAGCCCUGUGCUCCAAACUGCCACCACGUAGCCAGCGCCCGCGAUACAGCAGCCACCACGGCAGAUGUGCCGAAUAAGAAGAAAGUCGGAAAGUUAGAAUUCUACUGCGACGCGUGCGUUGAAUCCAAGCACGAGCAGUUGAUUCCUGAGUAUACAACUGCAACAGUAGCAGAAAGUCUCCGUGCCAGCAUGCGCAACAGGGAAGCCCGAAACCGCAACAAGACAUCCAAGUACAGGCCUUGCUACAUCGGACUGAAAAUCACCUCGAUUCCCUGCCACCGGGACGGGAGACCUAGCUCGCGGUAUGAACCGCGGACGCAGCACCAUGAGUUCGACACGGCUGUGCCGCAGGCUGGAGAUAAUUUCUUCGAGGACAUGCUGAAGUCGGAGGGAGCGAUGUCAGAGCAGGACGAUCGUAGUGUCGACAUGAAACCGCAUGGCCGGGAGGAGUGCGCCGCCGCCGGGCCCGUAGAGUUGGAGUCGCUGUCGCUGUGUGUGUCCGAUGACGCUGCAGCAUCACGUGAGAACAGGGGCAGUACCGACGAUCAGACUGCGCCAAGGGGAAACCUUCAGACGAGGAGAUAUAACACCAGGACAGUGGCGGCGCUGACGCAUAAUAUUGCUUGCGAUGUGCACGCUACUAUUUCUCCUAGUCAUGACGCUGAUGCAGAGACUACGCUGUCGAGAAAGCGGAAGAGAACCGCUCGAGCGCCGCAGGCAAGCGAGCGCCGCACCCCACCAAACCUGCGCACCUCUAUAAGCCUGUAG